AUGAGUAACAGAAUCGCCAAACGCCAACGCACGAAUCAUUCAUCCGUAUCUAGUCUCCAAAGACUUGUUGCGUCUGAGAAUGCUCAUCUGAAAUGGCAAGAUUCGCCUGAGGGCCUCAGCCCCGACUGGGUCUUUUCCAACAACUCCAACGUGCAUGUAUGCAACGAUCGAAAAUGGUUCACCGAGUUGACAACCUUUCCAAGCACCACAUUGGGUCCUUUAUCUUCUCAAGGAGUUCCUGCAUCCGGUGUCGGAGUUGUCAACUUACCUGUCAAGCGAAGCCCCAACUUCAGGGGACCAGACGCCCAUCACUUUCUUCGCCUCACAGACGUGCUUUACAUGCCUUCAUCCGUGUGCAACAUUGUCGGCUCACCAAUCUUUGAAAUCGCGCCUCAAACUAGCUUCGGCGCGACGGAGAACAGUCAUGGCAGUAUGAAUGAUGCAAGUGGCAAGCCGGUUGCCUAUUUCUCUCUCGAUAAUGAGCGGUUUUGCCUGAGACUCAGCGGACCUCCCGUUGGCCCAAGACUUGGACCGUCCAAGUUUCAGCCUGAUAAGUCGUACUGGCUGAGAGUUACCUGGCCGGCUAGCGAGAGAGCACGGUGGAAAGCUCACGGCCAACAAAUCAAAGCAGACACCGAUAAGCGUCAAUGGGCUGGGGAGCAGCCUUAUACUACGGAGGAGAAGCAGUGGCUGAAAAAGUACUAUGAAGGGGAAUUUAAGUUCCUCAUGGCACAUGAAUUGAGCAUCUACAAUGAAGAGGACCGAGCGGAAGGCCGAGCUAUCAUGCGAGGGCUUGCAAGGGAUGACGAGAGUAACGAUAGUUAUGAGAUGAAAGAGGAUGAAGAAGACGACGACGACGAUGAGGAUGAGGAUGACUCGGAUAUGGAGGGUCAUCUCGCUGAUUACCACUUCAGUCAAGAGGAACUGGACUGGAUUGAGAAGCACUAUCGAAAUUCUGCGACCUUUAUGUUCUCGCAUGGUCUCAAGUUUUAUGAUGAAGAAGACUGCGUAAUUGCUAAAAGGCUACUGCAAGGUUUCAUGCGCGAAUAA